AUGUCUACCGUUCGCGCCUCCUCCGCCUCCCCAUCCACAUCCCGCAAGGCCGUCAAGGCAUCUGCUACUGCCUCUGCCCCCUCAUCGCGUCCACCAACACGCGGAUCAGAUCCUUAUUACGGACAUGAAGAGACAUCAGUGAUGAGCGCCCGCUUUAUCACCUCCCUUUUCUCAUGUCCCAAUAUCCCCACCAACGUCGCGCCCGGCGCACCCACCCCGACCCUCGCCCACUUCAUCGCGUACGCCCUUCACCGCACACGCUUACCCUCCAUCGUCACCUUUGCGGCGCUCCUCCUUCUCAACCGGCUCAAGACCCGGUUCCCCGCCGCUCGCGGAUCGUCAGGCCACCGCCUCUUCAUCUCGGCCUUCAUGAUCGCCAGCAAGGUCAUUUGCGACGACACCUACUCGAACCAGUCAUGGGGCAUCGUGGCGCAGAAGAUGUUCGCGCUGAAGGAGAUCAAUCAGAUGGAGAGGGAGAUGUGCGGCUAUCUGGAGUGGAACUUGAACGUGGCGGGGCCGGAGGUGCUGGACUUUGAGAGCAGAGUACGGGCGGAGCACGGAGCUGGGGCGGUCGCUCGCGAGACCUCAUCGUCUUCCUCGUCAUCUUCCGGCACCUCCUCCCUCUACGCGACACCCGUCCACUCCUACCCUACCCCCGAUACCACCCCGGACCCAUCUCGUCCCAUUCGCCCCGUCCCCUCCCCUUACAAAUCGCGCGCAGCCUACCGGGAACCUCAACCAUCUCGCGCGACUUUUCCAUCCCCACCCGCAUCCCCACAACAUAGCCACCACGCACAUCACUCCUACCACCUCUCCCCGCCUCACUUUGCAUCGGCCAACUCCUCCCUCGUCUCAUCACCCGCAUCGGACGACUGUAAAACACCGUCGCCCGUCGCAGUGACGCAGCCCACCUCGGCGUCAAGUAGGAGCAAGGGCGGGAUAGAUCAGGCGUAUGCGAGGCGGCAUGUUCAGGCGCACUACCCAAUAUCGUCCAACGUUUGGUAG